CCGGAUGCGAGGAAUAAAGUAAAUGCAUGCGCAAUAAUGGUGGUGGUGUGUGGUGGACUAUUUUAUCUUGGAUGGAAUUAGAUUGUAGAGUUGAGAUACAUCUGAUUUGAAUUUGUGGAUAAUAAACUUUUCCUCAAUAUAUCUUUUGAUACCGUGGUUUAGUGUAGAGGUUGACUUUUUAUUAUAUUCUCUGUGUAUCGAAAUUAGUUGUUACAGUGAUCAGUUCUUAAUUUUACCUACUGUAUUUUGCUUAGUAGUGCAACAAUGCUGUGUUGAAUGGUGGAGUUUUGAUAAAUAAAAGCUACCGGAAUCUACGAUUGCUUUCGUAACUGUGAAUGAAUUCAUCACGCGAGAACCUAAAGCGGCCCCAUCGCGCCGCCUAGCCGCCUGAUAAAACGGCGGUGCGGCUGCGCAGCGAUAGACUGUGCCGGUAGCGCGCACCCUGGAGCCCCACAAGGGCCCGCUGGAGCGGAGGCCGCGGCGGCAGGAUGGACGACGCCGGCAGCAACAAGCAGCGGCAGGCGACGCGCGUCUUCAAGAAGAGCUCGCCCAAUGGAAAGAUAACAGUAUAUUUAGGGAAGAGGGACUUCGUAGACCACAUAACACAUGUAGACCCGAUUGACGGCGUGGUACUAAUCGACCCGGAGUAUGUGAAGGAGAGGAAGGUAUUCGGCCACGUGCUGGCCGCGUUCAGGUACGGCCGCGAGGACCUGGACGUGCUGGGGCUGACCUUCCGCAAGGACCUGUACCUGGCCGCCGAACAGGUAACAAAGAAAACGAUUUACCCACCGACGAACACAUCGAAGCGGCCACUGACGCGACUGCAGGAACGGUUGGUGCGCAAGCUGGGCCCGGCGGCGCACCCGUUCUACUUCGAGCUGCCGCCGCACUGCCCCGCGUCGGUCACGCUGCAGCCGGCGCCCGGCGACACCGGCAAGCCGUGCGGUGUCGACUACGAGCUCAAGGCGUUCGUGGCCGACGCGCAGGACGACAAGCCGCACAAGAGAAAUUCAGUACGGCUCGCUAUCAGAAAGAUUAUGUACGCGCCAAGCAAGCAGGGUGAGCAGCCGUCCGUCGAGGUCUCCAAAGAGUUCAUGAUGAGCCCAAACAAACUGUACCUGGAAGCCUCCUUAGAUAAGGAGCUUUAUCACCACGGCGAGAACAUAGCAGUGAACGUGCACAUAGCGAACAACUCCAACCGGUCGGUGAAGCGCAUCAAGGUGUCGGUGCGUCAGUUCGCCGACAUCUGCCUGUUCUCCACCGCGCAGUACAAGUGCACCGUCGCCGAGGCGGAGAGCGAGGAAGGCUGCCCCGUCGGGCCGGGCUUCACGCUGAGCAAGGUGUUCACACUCACGCCGCUGCUCGCCAACAACAAGGACAAGUGGGGGCUGGCGCUCGACGGCCAGCUCAAGCACGAAGACACCAACCUCGCUUCCAGCACUCUGAUUGCUGACCCUUCGCAACGUGAAAAUCUAGGUAUCAUAGUUCAAUACAAGGUGAAAGUGAAACUAUGUCUCGGUCCAUUAGGAGGCGACCUGAGCGCGGAGCUGCCGUUCAUCCUGAUGCACCCGAAGCCGGACGACGAGCCGCGCGCCGCGCCCGACCCCGCGCCCGCUGACCACGACCUCAUCCAGCUCGACCCGCACCCAGAUGAGAACGGGCAAGAGCAGGACGACGACAUAAUAUUCGAGGACUUCGCGCGGCUGCGGCUCAAGGGCGCCGAGUCCGACGCCUGAGCGCCGCGCGGACAACAGAGGCAGACAGUAGACAUUGACAUUGCUCCGAAACGAAACUUACGACUCAGAGAAACAAAGUAGCAUCGACCUGUAGGCCUAAGACUAGGAAGAGUAGGCGCACACCGUUGAUUUUUCGUCGGCCGAUAGUUUAGUCGGGCAGUU